AUGGUGAUAAGCUUUUGUGGUGGAGUGAGUGCGUCAACAGCACACACGUGGACAACACUGAAUGGGACAGGUGUCGAUGAUGUCAGAGUCAUGACUCGAAAGAGCGUUGAUGAUCCUGGAAGACCACCUGGCAUUUUCCUCCCAAAAACAGCCUUUGAUUUCCUCCGUGAUGAGAAUUCAAGAAGUGAGCCUCCACCAAUAGUUGUCGCCGUCUGUCGGAGUGAGAGACUGCUGCCGCCGUCCAUCGCAUUCAAGAACUUCUGUCUUCGUGCUCUCGGGCCUCUCGCCGGAUCCUCCACGUUGGGUGCUCGCAUCUCGCCGUUCUCCUCUGUGCUCGGCUGCUCGCGCCUCCCUCCGCCAGUGAGUGCUCGAGCUGUGCGUGUUGGUUGCUGCUCGUCGUCCGUGGUUGUCUCUGCUCGAAUCUGCCUCCCAGUCUCACUCGAGUCUUGUCUCAGUCACUGGCAUCUCGUGGUUCGUCUGUCUCGUUGCCGGCGGCAGAAGCAACUCGUGGGGUUGUCUCUUGCUUCGUCGCCUUCCGUGGGGUGGUCGCCGACUCGCCGUCGACCGUUGUAUGGUAGCGGUAAGAUUAGACUUCCCGUGGAGACUAGAAUUCAAACGAAGAAAUGUUUUCGAUGUAAAUUGAAAGUCAGGGAUGAAGUGCCACAAAAUGCUGAUUUUCCCCGGCAAUAUGCAAGAAAAGAAAAGAAACCUUUUCCGACGCCCAUUGUUGAGCUGCGACGAGCAGCUAGAGAAAGGUUAAAGAUGAUGAAAGGUCAGCCAGGGAAACCACUCUCGGCCCCAAAGAAUGGGUUGCUUGUGAAGAGCCUUAUACCAACUGCUUACAAUGUGUAUAAUGCAAGGAUCACUUUAAUUAACAAUCUGAAGAAGUUGCUCAAAGUAGUGCCGGUGCAUGCUUGCGGGUGGUGCAGCGAAAUCCAUGUAGGACCUGUUGGACAUCCAUUUAAAUCGUGUAAAGGUGCACAAGCCAAUCUUCGCAAGGGACUCCAUGAAUGGAUGAAGGCACAUGUUGAAGACAUGAUAAUACCAAUUGAAGCCUAUCACCUCGAAGAUCGACUAGGAAAGAGGAUUCCUCAUGAUGAGAGAUUCUCUAUCCCUCGAAUACCAGCAGUGGUUGAGCUUUGUAUUCAAGCUGGUGUUGAAAUUCCAGAAUUUCCUACCAAAAGAAGAAGAAAGCCCAUAAUUCGGAUUGGGAGAAAGGAAUAUAUUGAUGCUGAUGAAAGUGAACUGCCAAAUGAAACCCCAGCAGAACCAUUAAGACCACUACUAGCUGAAAUAGCUGAUUCAGAGAUAGUAGCUCCAUCGAGCAACGAAGAAAUCGUUGCCCUUGCCGAGGAAACUCUCCAGGCAUGGGAACGAAUGAGGAAAGGUGCUAAGAGAUUAAUGAGGAUGUAUCCUGUGAGGGUCUGUGGAUAUUGCCCGGAAAUCCAUGUUGGUCCCCAGGGGCACAAGGCUCAAAAUUGUGGAGCACACAAACACCAACAACGCAAUGGGCAGCAUGGUUGGCAGUCUGCAAUUCUUGAUGACUUGAUCCCACCAAGAUUUGUUUGGCAUGUUCCUGAUGUAAAUGGGCCACCCUUGGAACGAGAGCUAAAAGAUUUUUAUGGGCAAGCUCCCGCUGUUGUGGAACUAUGCAUCCAGGCCGGUGCUGAUUUACCGGAACAAUAUAAAUCAACCAUGCGACUCGAUGUUGGGAUCCCAUCAACUAUGAAAGAAGCUGAGAUGGUAGUUUGAGAUGAAAUAUACUUGUAAACAAACAACUGGUGUUAUCGUGUACACUGCAUAAAUUAUGCCAUAUGUACAUAUGUUUUUAUCAACCAAGUUUAACCAACUUGUUCCAAUUA